AAACAGAGGAUGGCGGGCCUGUGGCGGUCCUACCAGGCCCUUAUGACAAGACGCCCCUGGACGGUGCAGAUUGUGACUGCUGGUUCUCUGGUAGGCAUCGGCGAUGUCAUCUCGCAGCAGCUGAUUGAGCGACGUGGACUCGCUCAACACGACGUGCGCCGGACCACUAAAAUGAUGAGCAUUGGAUUCUUCUUUGUGGGUCCAGUCGUAGGUAGCUGGUACAAAGUUCUGGACCGCUUGGUGGUCGGAGGAAGUAAAAGUGCGGCUAUGAAGAAAAUGAUGAUUGAUCAGUUGUGCUUCGCUCCUUGUUUCUUGGGCGCCUUCCUGGCUUUGUCGGGGGUUCUGAAUGGGCUGAGCGCGGAGCAGAAUGUCGCCAAGCUACGUCGGGACUACACAGAUGCACUAAUUUCCAAUUAUUAUCUAUGGCCGCCAGUGCAGAUGGCCAACUUCUACUUCAUCCCGCUGCAACACAGGUUGGCUGUCGUGCAAAUGGUCGCCGUGGCGUGGAAUUCUUACUUGACGUGGAAGGCCAACGCCUUGUGA